AUGAAGCAAGAUUUGGAGAAGGAAGAAUGUUCUUCAGCAACCAUAAUCGCCCAAGUGGAGAUGCAGUGUGAACUAGGGGAAAAUACAGGGACAAAGCUGAUGGAAAUGAGAGCUCACUGUGUGGAAAAGACCACCAUCACAGAGCACUACUACGACACAGAGAGCUUUCUACUGGCCUCUACCCAAACCUGGCUGAGUCAGCACGACGGCCACUGGAGACUGAUUCUGGAGCAGAGCCAGGAUCACAAUGAAUCAGAUAAGAUGAAAAGAUCAGAAAAGGACCAGGAUGGCAACAAAAUGCUAGACAAUCCAUCACCUUUGGUAAGGACAGGUAAACAGGGUAAUGCUGCAAGCAAACGAGUACAACCAACACAGAGCAAAGAUCCAGCUGAUACCUCAAGUCAAUCUCAAAGUCAAGUUCAGGAUCCAUGUACUCUAUGUGCUUUUUCUGCUAGACCUAGAUACACUGAGCUGACAGACCACAUCUCCAUUAUUAAGCAGCUUGCACAGUCUCUGUCAGUCUCCGUAAUACCAAGCGAAAUACAGCACCUUAGCAUAGAGAGCUUUCUGGAAACUGCCAAAAUCCAGAUGUAUGACAGCUGGAUUAGGAGCAGAAAAGUGAAGUACUCAUUGCCUAGUGGCUGCUCCCUGGUUGUAGAGACAAACUUCAAUAUUCCCAAUGCUGCUCCCUCUGCUGUUUUGAUCAUGAACGCUGAUGUGCUGAACAUCAGCACAGAACUCGAGAAGAUGGACAGGAUGCGCACACAGCUGGAACUUAAAAUUAAGCCUUAA